AUGACCCCAUUCGGGGAGGGCCCCCAGCCCCCAGCCUGGGGACAAAAAGACCCUGGGGGCCCCGGGGGCCCCCAAGGCCCCAGGGGGGCCCCACGGGGGGGCCCCCUAGAGGCUGGGUGGGGAGAUUUGCUGCUGAAGGAUGCGGAGCGCCUCUCAGCUUACAUUCAGCAGCAGCAGCAGCAGCAACAACAGCAGCAGCAGCGGUGGCGGCAGCAGCAGCGGCAAGAACUGGAGCUUUCCUGGGGCAGCAGUGCUGCUGCAGCGGUGUUGCCGGCGCUUCGGCGUUUGCUGCUGUCAUCUUCCUCGGAAAGGGCGAAAAUAAGGGAAACUGCAGAGCUGCUGCUGCUGCAGCAGCAGCAGCAGCAGCUGCAGCAGCAGCAAGGGCCCCUCAGCAGAGAAGACCCCAAAAUACUCGCCGGCAAACUCUGGCUGCAGGGGAGGCUUUUUGCUAUUCAUGAAAGAGCCCCGCUGCAGCUUUGA